AAGUGACUGGAGCUCCCUCAGCUGCUCAGGCUGUGUUUUGAUCGAUCUCCAUGUGAGAGACGAGUGCUGAAUAGAGCUCAGCGCCUUCAUCCCGGCCUGUGGUUCUGUCUGUGGGGGCAGUUCAGGCCUCUGGGGUUUGCAGAGCUACAGAGAGUCAGGUAUCCCAUCAUGUCGGCUGUCAGCGUCCUGGCUGCGUUGCCGGAGGAUCACUUCCAGUGUUCGAUCUGUCUGAACGUCUUCACCGACCCGGUUACAACACCUUGUGGCCACAACUUCUGCAAAACCUGCCUCAGCCAGCACUGGGACAACAGCGAGUUAUGUCACUGCCCCGUGUGUAAUAAAAGGUUCUAUGUGAAGCCUGAGUGCUCCACAAACACGGUCAUCGCAGAGAUUUCAGCCCAGAUAAAGAGGAGGAAGGUGGAAACACUCGAAAAUGCCGACGCACCGUGGAAGGUGAAGUGCGACGUGUGCAGAGAAUUGAAGCUGAAGGCCUUGAAGUCGUGCCUGGUGUGUCUGACGUCGUACUGCGAGGCCCACCUGGAGCCUCACCUGACAGCUCCCCCGCUGAUGAGACACAAGCUGAUCGAGCCAGUGGAGAACCUGGACAAGAGGAUGUGUAAGAAGCACGAGAAGAUCCUGGAGUUUUUCUGCAGGGACGAACAGGUUUGCAUCUGUCUGCUGUGCUGUGAGACGGACCACAAAGACCACAAGACGGUUCCUGUAGAGGAUGAAGCGCCUCUGCAGAAGGAAAAUAUUGAGUCCAAAAAAGCAACAGUCAAGCUGAUGAUCGAGGACAGGAUGAAAAAGAUAGAGGAAUUUAAGUAUUCCUCUGCAAUGUGCAAAGACAAAACAGACAAAGAGAUUGAAAGCAGUGAUGCACUCUUCAGUUCCCUGAUGAACAAAGUAGAAGACAUGCAAACCAAACUGAAAUCGAACAUCAACGAAAAGCUCAGAAAGUCACAAGAGAAGGACGAAGCGAUUAUUCGAGAGCUGCACGAGGAGAUCACACAGCUGCAGAGAAAGCACUCAGAGCUGGAGGAGCUAUCGCAGAAUGAAGACCACCUUCAACUUCUUCAGACUUUUCAGGCUCUGAGCUCCAUUUCCGACACCAAGCGCUGGUCCACGAUCAAGGUUUACUCAGACCUGUGUGUGCACACACUGAGGAGAGCCGUGAGUCAUCUGGUGCACGCUUUUAAAGCAGAACUGAAGACUCUGACAGAAAUCGAACUGACCAAAAUUAGGCAAUAUAAAGAAUCCAUCUCCUUCAACCCGUCCACUGCUGGUUCCAACCUGGUGGUGAUUGAAUACGGGUCACGUCUGAAGUACUACGGAAAUGCAAGCCCCUCAUCAUCUGACGACUCGGACAGGUUCAGCUAUCCCAUGGCUUUUGGGAAGAAGGGCUUCACCUCAGGACGACACUACUGGGAGGUCCAGGUGGGCCUGAGAACCAACUGGGAUGUUGGUGUUGCCAAGGCAACAGUAGACAGAUCAGGGAGGGCAGCUCUGACAAAGAAAAAUGGAUUCUUUGCCAUAGGAAAGCGAUGGCGUGCUUAUCUAGCUCACUGUAAUGAAUCCAAAGAGCUCCACCUGCAUCCCAGACCGAGGUAUAUCGGCGUUUAUCUGGACUACGACGGGGGCAGAGUCUCGUUCUUUGAUGUGAGUGAGAAGUUGCACAUUUUCUCUUUUACAGGGGAGUCUUUCACACACAAGCUGUUCCCGUACUUCUACCUGUACAGUAAAGCAAAGAAACCCGAGUCUUUGCACAUCUGUCACAUCUGGGGUCCAGAACUAUCCUCUGUCUCACUUAUUCCCUCCAACAAGCCAAAUAACAACCAGACAGUCUGAGAUCGCUGUUUGGUCGAAGAUAAAACCUUUCAAAACCUACUGCAAUCACACAGAUGCCUUUUGGAACAACUGAUAAAGCGUCAACACAUUCUGAAGUUACAAUUAUGAAAUCAAUAAUUGACAGCUCACCCAGUCCUGCCCCUCUGUACUUCCUGUUGCUUCACCUAUAUUGCAUGGCACAUAAUCAUUUUACAGACUACGGCAGUAAAUCCAGCAGAGAAACCUGUAAACACUGCCUUUAAUUUAGGACUUGCAGGCUACAAACAUGAUCUCUUCCUAAAAGCUUGAGGGUAAAACUUCACUUCCCACCUGAAAUGUUCACAUUCUCACCAGCUGGUGAUGGAACCGAUGGGUUUACACUUAGAAUGACAACAAACUCGCUCAUGUAUUAUGUAGCACAACUUGAAUAAAACAUAAAGUCAGCGGCUUCAAUCUGCUCGCUGCGUCCACACGGGCUGCGUUCAGGCGGAAGUGCAGCUCAUUCGCUAUUCAGCAGCACUCAGAGCUCAACACACUAGAUUUGCACAUAAAAUGGAAACAUGAAAAUACACCAGACUGGAGAAUAAAACAGGCGGCAUCAGUUUAAUGAGAUGGACAACCGAACAAAACAUGGCUGUCACGGAGGAAUCAGGAAGUAGGACAGGAAGUGAAAUGAAUCGGCCGUACUUCAGGUGUAACACAGGCGGCUGGCAGGGUCUAACAAACAAAAAUACACAACUGACUCCCACACAUAGUGGAGUGUUGGUCUUUAAAUUAACCUUUAACCCCUAAAAACUAAAAACAACAAACUCCUUGUUCUGCAUUGUUUACAACUUACUCAAGAACAGAAAAACACUCUUUACUCUUUAUUUCUUAGUUUUUUUUGGGAUAAAAAGUUCAGCUUCUUUUUGUUUUUUCAUGUUGUGAAACUUAAACAUGUAGAGAGAACCAAGCUUGUACAUAAGUUGCCAUGAUACGACUCCCCAGCAAGCAGGGAACGUUCCUACAACGUUGGCUAACAUUACCUACAGGUUGUAAUAAGGAAAGCAUGUUAUACUUGUGUUCAAAGAAUGUUUUAAGGGUAUUUCUUAUUUCAAAAUAAUGCUCCUAUGAGGUUAAAGGUUAACGAAGUGUUUUAACUGGAACGUUCAGGGAAUGUUGGAAAGAUGUCAGAUUGUGUUCCUGAACCAACAUUAAAAAAAUGUUUUUAAGAUGUUAUUGAAGAUGUUUUUGUUGUUUGUUUUUUUUAAAUAAAAUGUUCCUGUAAGAUUACAUUAACAACAGUUUCAAAGUUUUGCCUGCAAUAUUUUGAGACUGUUUUGGGAAUGUUGUUGGGUAAACACUUUAUGCAACAUUCCCACAAUGUUGCACGAUAACCAAGGACAAACGGUCUCAGAAAAUGUUUUGAGUAGAACGUCUUUUGUGAGCUGUAUUCUGCCUUCAUGAGGAACACUUUGGAAACAUCACUAGAACUAUCUCAGAACGUUUUUAGAACAAAACAAGUCGAGCUGGGUCGACGGUGGCGGUUCAGUGAGAGUUUAAGUCAACAGUUUAUUCAGAUCUUUAACUGGCAUCAACACAAACUAAUGAAAACGAAUGCAAAGAAGUGAGCAGGUGGAGGUGGAAUCAUUUACUGUUUGUUACUGAUUAUUCUGCAAAGCUGCUGUAAUGUCUAAAAAAAGCUGGAUGACUGUGUGUGUUUGCAUGUUUGCUAAAAAUAAACCAUUAAACGCGCA